AUACCACGACAACGAUAAAAUGAGAACUUCAGGUGUUCAAUAUGGCGGUAUGCCAACAGGUAAAACCUACAUGGGUUGGUGGGGUGCUAUAGGCUCACCAAAGCAACGCGGUAUCACUCAAUACGGUGUAUCUGCAUUCACUCAACGUCCAUUCGCUGGUGCCCUUCAAGGUUACAUUUUCAACGGAUACAAGAGACUUGCUAAGCAACUCCCAUACUCAGGUAUUCCAUUUGCUUUGGGCUACGGUAUUUACUACUGGGCUACCACAAAGCACGAAUUCCUCAACUCAAAGGCAGGUCAUAUUGAAGCAUUAGAGAAGGGUACAGCAGAGUAAAUAAGGAAAAUAACUGUAAUUAUGAUACAUAGUACAAAAAUAUCUAACUAUUAAAACCACUUAAUCCUCUCAAGAAGUCACUCUUUGCAAUUUCUGCCUUCUGAUCAAUAUUAACUGCAUCGUGAACUUCACCUUCAAUCAUGCUGAAUUCAACAUCUACACCCGCUUCAAUCAGUUUAAGUGCAAAUGCUAAACCCUCGUCGCGAAGAAUUUCAGCUUCACCAAUUUGAAUGUGAACUUUCAAGUUGUUUUCUUUCCAUGGUUUGAAUGUAGACGAUUCUUGAAGUGCUGGUGAGUUAUACUUGUUUGAAAUACUCUCAGGCGCAUAUUUCAAAUGAGAUCUAACAAGUUCUGAUUGUGAUGAGAAUGGUGGUAAAACAUCACAUUCUCUGUUUGUGGUGAUUGAAGGGAAGGUACUUGUCAUAUCACCCCAUGGGCUAACUAAACUAACGAAGCUAGGUAAAUCUACGUCAACUUGUCUUUCUUUCAAAUCAAGAAGGUGGAAUAAUAAAGCAUUGGCAGCAUUUGCACCAGCACUGUCACCCAUUAUUGCGAUAUUUGAUGGUUUGACACCAAGUUUGUGUGUUAAAUAGAUAUACGCAGUGGUGCAAUCUUGAAGCGGAGCAGGGUGUGCGUUUAUACCAUCUGAAAGACGAUAAUGAACUGCGAGACAUUUAUAUCCAGUUUCUCUGACUGCAUAAGCGCCGCUUGGGAGACUAAGUGGAUUUUCACUAAUAUAUCCACCACCGUGUAAGAAAAGUAA